AUGGGGCCAGCGCCGAGGAACUCGGUGCGGACUCUGCUGGUGCUCUGCUGGCUGACCUGCUUCUGCGCGGGGAUAAGCUCCAUAGACACUGACCGCCCCGGCGACGGGAGGUGCCAGCCGAUAGAAAUCCCCAUGUGCAAGGAUAUAGGGUACAACAUGACGAGGAUGCCGAACCUGAUGGGACAUGAAAACCAAAGGGAAGCUGCCAUUCAGCUGCACGAGUUUGCCCCCUUGGUGGAGUACGGUUGCCACAGCCAUCUGAAAUUUUUCCUCUGCUCCCUCUAUGCCCCUAUGUGCACAGAGCAGGUUUCUACACCAAUCCCAGCCUGCAGGGUUAUGUGUGAGCAGGCGAGGCUGAAAUGCUCUCCUAUUAUGGAGCAGUUCAAUUUUAAAUGGCCAGACUCCUUAGACUGCAGCAAACUGCCCAACAAGAAUGACCCCAAUUACCUGUGCAUGGAAGCCCCCAACAACGGGUCAGAUGAGCCACCCAGAGGAUCCAGCAUGCUGCCACCCAUGUUUCGUCCACAGAGGCCCAGCAGUGGCCACGAUCUGCAGCAGCAUAAGGACAGCCUCAGCAGAACCUCCUGUGAAAAUCCUGGCAAGUUCCACCAUGUGGAAAAGAGUGCUUCUUGCGCGCCGCUCUGCACUCCAGGGGUUGAUGUUUACUGGAGCAAGGAUGACAAACAAUUCGCUGUCAUUUGGAUUGCCAUCUGGUCCAUUCUGUGCUUCUUCUCCAGUGCUUUUACUGUACUCACUUUUCUGAUAGAUCCUCAACGUUUCAAGUACCCCGAGAGGCCCAUUAUCUUCCUCUCAAUGUGCUACUGUGUCUACUCGGUGGGGUACAUUAUUCGCCUCUUUUCAGGUGCUGAAAGUAUUGCCUGUGAUAGGGACAGCGGCCAACUCUAUGUCAUCCAGGAGGGACUGGAGAGCACUGGCUGCACCAUUGUGUUCCUGGUUCUGUAUUACUUUGGUAUGGCAAGUUCCUUGUGGUGGGUAAUCUUGACUUUAACUUGGUUUCUAGCAGCUGGGAAAAAAUGGGGGCAUGAAGCAAUUGAAGCAAACAGUAGCUACUUUCAUUUGGCAGCAUGGGCCAUUCCGGCUGUGAAGACCAUAAUGAUCCUAGUUAUGCGAAGGGUGGCUGGAGAUGAGCUGACAGGGUUGUGCUAUGUUGGAAGCAUGGAUGUGAAUGCCUUGACGGGGUUUGUACUCAUUCCUUUGGCUUGUUAUCUAAUCAUUGGCACUUCUUUUAUUCUUUCUGGUUUUGUGGCCCUUUUUCAUAUCAGGAGGGUCAUGAAAACAGGUGGAGAAAAUACCGACAAGUUGGAGAAACUUAUGGUCAGGAUUGGUGUCUUCUCAGUCUUGUAUACAGUGCCUGCAACUUGUGUGAUAGCUUGCUAUUUUUAUGAAAGACUUAAUAUGGACUAUUGGAAAAUUGUGGCAACUCAACAGAAAUGCAAGAUGAACAAUCAGACUAAAAAUUUAGACUGCAUGAUGAAUAACUCUAUUCCAGCAGUAGAAAUUUUUAUGGUCAAAAUUUUUAUGUUAUUAGUUGUGGGCAUUACUAGUGGUAUGUGGAUCUGGACUUCCAAGACUCUUCAGUCCUGGCAAAAUGUUUGUAGUCGACGAUUAAAGAAGAGAAGUAGGAGAAAACCUGCAAGUGUUAUUACAAGUAGCGGAAUCUACAAAAAACCUCAACAUCCACAGAAAACUCACCUUGCAAAAUAUGAAUCGACAUUACAACCACCCACUUGUGUGUGA